ACUACGAUUAUGAUUAUUUUGGCUACUCGGACUAUCGGCCCGGCUUUGGCGCUGAUUCUUACUAUGAUGACGUCUAUCGUGUCUAUGAGGGCGAUUACAGUUACUAUGAUUAUCCGAAUGGUGCAAGCGGCAAUGGAGGUGCCGGCAGCAGCGUUAACAGCGCUGCUGUUGCCAUGCCUAGCAAUACAGGCGGCGGCACCUCCGUGAACGCUUCGCAACGUCCAUCAAGAAGCCAAGCAAGUGGCACGGUGAAUUCAUCGGUGGUUAUGGUGCGUCAUUCCAAAUAAACAUCCAUCAUAAAACGGAACA